CGAACACGAUUGGAGUGUUUCGCCAUUAAACUGAAUUACUUUUUUCGAUCGGUCAUCGUGAUUUGUGAUCAGCACUUUUAACAGUAGCUACUGUGAAAUGUUCCUAAAGGGCAUCUGGUCUUAUGGCGCCGUGGAUGUCAGAGACAGCGAGGGACGAAUCCUUCAUGGAUACGUUGUCGGCACCAAGGGAAAAGACGGUCUAAUCAUCGAUUUUGGCUAUCCCCAGCACCGUGCUGUUCUGGUUCCCCUUGCCAACUUCGUUCACGGCCGUCUUUCCACAGGAUCUGAGGCUCCUGAUCUGACGGUUGGCGACACCGUACAAGUGCUAUAUCAACUAUCGCCAUUAGAACCAUGGUGCUGGCACCCUGCCACGAUACUACCGGAAGGCAGCCAUCAGGAAUAUUGCGCGGAUGACUACACCUUUGUGGAGAUCUCUGUGCCGGACGGGAGGACGGUGCGGGAUGUGGUCGGAUGGUGCCGUUUGCAGCCGACGGGUGACAUGCCAGCGUGCCAUUGGGAGAAAGCACCCCAAAAAGUCCCGUUCAAACGGUACACGGUACCGCAGGGACUUCCGUUUGCGCAGCUGCUGACAGUAACGCAGCUUCCGGACUUCAAGGCAAAGUGGAAAAGGAUGACCGGUACGAUUGCCGUGGAUGUGAGUGCACGAGGAUUGAUUUGCCUAGCGCCAUCGAAGGAAGCACUGCUCUCCAUCCGGUGCAAUACUGCAGCGACAAUAUACCCCACUGGUGUGCUAGGCUUGAAGGCGUUGCAACAGAAUGUCAGGAAACGGAAACGGGGGGAUGGUUCUACAGACACGACAAAUGCAUCCAUUCGGGUACAGCACUUCGGAGAGAUCCAAUAGUUUCCCUCUCAGUUUCAUACAUUUAACCGGGAAAAUUGAGUGCAUGCACUGCUUAAUAAUACUGUAUUUGAAUUGGUUACCAUGAACUGUAUUGGAAAUGCGAUAAGAAUUUGUUUUUUCUCACAUUAGGAUGCAACGCUAUUGUUCUGACGAAAUCUGGGAAAUAAUC